GUGCAGCUGCCCCGGGAACCGCCUCGCUUGCAUCUGCCCGCCCGGAGCUGCGCGUGAUGUGGCUGCCCGCCUUGGUGCUGCUGCUGGGCUCCUCGUGGAGGAAGGCGGCUGCCCACGACGGCGCUGCGGAUUUUCUCUCCCUCGAGCUUUCUUUGGGAAAAUUUAAGACCAUCUUGUUGAACAGGACCAUUCCAACAGAAGCUGUGUUGAGAAAUAUUGUCAGCAAUGUGACAGUCGUUAUAUUUCAGAUCCAUGCCCAUCAGAAGAACGUAACCGUUUCCUUUGAUAAGAAACCUUCUGUGAACGGCUCUGGCACUGGAGUAGAUCAAGGGCUGGUUUCUCUCCUUCGGCCUCAGCAGACUGUGUGUACCUGGUAUUUGCUGGCAGUAGCUGCUCACCAGGUGCUGAGCACAGCUGUGUCUCUCUCAUAUACCGAAAAAGAUCCAAUCCCUGGUGGCUGUAAUCUGGAGUUUGCUUUGGAAAUUGAUCCCAAUAUUUAUUUAGAGUAUAACAUAGCUGAAACACACAUUAAAUUUGCCCCAGCAAAUCUUGGAUACCCCAGAGGUGCAAACCCACCUUCAUGUGAUUCUGGAACUGACCGAGACACGAGGUGGAGACUGUACUAUGACAUCUAUCAGCAUUUCCUACCAGAGAAUGAUAUGUCUGAAGCUGCAUUUGUGAGCCACAUGAGGAAGAUGUCUGCGGUACAAGACAUUGUAGUAAAUGGAAUCAAAAUGAUGACCUUAAGUAGUGAAGACAAAACGGACCUGUACUUCUCAUCACUCCCUGGACAAGGAGUGAUUUACAAUGUCAUAGUGAGGGAUCCACUGUGGAACACGUCUGCCGCAUAUGUACCUGUACACACGUAUGCCUGUAGCCUGAAUACUGUGGUUGGUAACUGCUCCUCCUUUAGAAGACUCUCCACCAAAUUGUUCUUUACCGUGCUUGCCAUCCUCAGUCUCUUUGUCUGUUUCUUUGGACAUCGUUUCUGGAAAACAGAUCUGUUCUUCAUGGGCUUCGUUUUCGUGGCAUUCUUUUUCUUUAUCGCAAUUACCAGAACAACUGACCUUCAUUAUGAUGUGAAUCUUGGGCUUACAGCGCUCGCUGGAGUGGUUGGUGGUCUUCUCUUGGUAGGAUACUGGUGGCGAUUUGGCAUUGUGUUCAUCUGUAUGUUGGUCGUAGGACUAGUAUUGGGCUUCCUUGUUGCAGCAACCAUGUUCUUCACUCCCUUGGGUGACCUCAAAGUGUUCCAGGAUGAUGCUGUAUUCUGGUCGACAUUCUGUUGCUUUGCCUUGAUGGUUCUGGUGGUUUUUGUUGGCUGUCCCAGAGUUCUGAACAUCUUGGCAUGUGGCAUCGUUGGGUCUUACACCGUAAUCUUGGCUGUUGCUUGCUACUUGUAUACCAGCCUCUCUUAUAUUGGCAUAGAUCUGCUUCGGCGGAUUCUCGAUGAUGACUUCAGAAGGGCUUACUCUAGUGUGCCUUUUCAGUCUAAUGACUUCAUCCUUUUGGCAGUCUGGGCCAUGCUGGCAAUUGGUGGAAUAACUGUGCAGCUACGCCGUGAGAGUUCUGAAGCGCCUUUCCCACCACACCCUUAUCAGCUAUGGAAGCAGGAGAGAGAACGCAGAAUAACGAACAUCUUGGAUCCAAGUCAUCAUGUCCCUCCCCUGAGAGAGAGGAUCUUUAGCAAGCUCUCCCAGACUAACUACUUGUUCCACAAAGAACAGCUGCCAGGGGAAAGAACACCGCUGUUUAUGUAGCCUGGUCAGCCUUUGGGAAGAGACUGCAGAAAUGCGGAUGAAGAUUUUCAGGAGGCAUCCAGUGGCACUGAAAUCAUGGGUUUUUUUCCUAGCUCAAUGAAGCUAAAAUGGACCAGACAAAGACUAACACUUGUACAGUCUGAGAAGUCCUGUAUUCUGUGCACUGGAAUUCAGUGGUGAAGUGUACGACUUUAAAAUCUCAAAUCCCUGACUUCAAGCUCUUCAUUUCAAGCACAUGCUCAGUUAAUUCUUCCCUUCCCUUUGGACGCUAUAACUACAUAGAAUGCCAUCCUUGAGCACAGUUUGAGUUCUAAAAGUGAAAAGGUGACCAAAGGCAGAUGAUGUUGGCACUGUAAUAGCUAUUCAGUAUGGGUACAAAACGAGUGUCAUCUCCCCUGUCUGAUAACCACUUUGUCAAGCUUUUACUUGUAUUCACUUCCUGUGUGUGGGAGAUGAGCAGUUAUGAGUGAAUAAUUUUGGAAGGGGAGAAACUUUAAUUCUCUAGCAGAGUGCUGAUUGGGCCUUGUCAAGUAUGGUUGAUUAAGCUGGUCGAUGUAAAGGCUAAGAAAAAAUGGUUGUGUGUUCUGAAGUGGAAGUCCUUUGUUGGGAAGGAAGAAUUUUGGAAUAUCAAGGAAUGGAUAGAUCCGGUGGCUAUCCUUGUGGAUAUUUUUACUGCAGUUCUAUGUUGCUUAAGAGUAUACUGUUCUCAGCCACAACGUUAAUUGUCACUUUAUUUCUUCUGCUUUUAUACUUGAAAGAUUAAAUGUGUUUGCAGGCAUCCAGGUCACUUGUUCGGAGGCCAUAUCAGAUACCUUGGACAGGCUGAUCUUCCUUGGCUAAGCUGCAAAGGAGAGAGACUGGCCACUGCCAGUCUCCAACACAGAGCAUUCCCUAAGUGUCUGUAUGUGUCCUUCUGACUUGCAGUAAGGUGAGCAGAAAGCAGAUGCUGACUUUGUAUGAAUGUAGCAGCUUGUAUACACUUGCUAAGAAUCAGCGCAGGCUGCGUGGCGCCCCAGGCUGCCCCCGUCGCCCCCUCCCUCUCUUUGCGGCGCUGCUAGGCAGCACCGUGUUCUGUUGCCACCCCCAGGUGCACCAUGCUGUACCGCGUUGCACCAAGCCUGGUCCUUACUGGCUUCGAUGCGGCUGGCACGGCUUCUACUUCUUUGAAGAGCUCGCGACGCGAUAGGAGACUUGGCUUCCGCUCCUUCCUGAAAUCAAAAGUGAGGGGGGGGGGGCGAAGUCUCAUAUCGCAUCGUGGGCUCUUCAAAGAAGUAGAAGCUGCGCCAGCCGCAUCGAAGCCAUUAAGGACAAGGCUCGGUGCAGCGCAGCAUGGUGCAGAGGGGGGGCACUAAAGAGCCAGUUUGGAGGAGAACUGGGUUUGAUUCCCCACUCCUCCACAUGCUGGUGUGACCUUGAGUCAGUCACAAAUUCUUUCAGAGCUGUUCUCUUAAGAGCAGUUUUCGAAGAGCUCUCUUAGAUCCACCUAUCUCACAUGGUGUCUAUUGUGGGGAGGGGAAGGAAAAGGAGAUUGUAAACUGCUCUGAAACUCCCAAGUGAAGGGCAGGGCAUAAUCUCCUCCUCCUCCUCCUAGGAGGAUUCCAUAGUCCUUAGCAAAUCGUUGGGAAUCAAGGCCUUCAUUUUGUAAAAUGAAAGAAGUAGAUGAAAUAUUGUCAGUGCUUGCUGUCUGGCUAUGUCUUAGUACAGAGAAACUGCCAUAUCUGGUCAGAGCUGCAAUUACUUUGGAGUGGGUAGGUGGUGUUUAGCUGGCAUGAUUCCAAUGCAAAAAAAAAAAAAAAUUAACCAACUUUCUAUCUUUUUAUAAUAAAUGUGUUUGAAAUUUAAAA